AAUAAUAAUCCGGUUUCCUUUGAUGCCUGAAAAGGACUUAGUUGAGUGCAUAGAUAGAUGUAAUCUCCUAGCAGCCAACGAAAAUUGCCUUAACAUGAUCUUCAAGGCCAACUGGAUUAGAACUGUGAUGGGACUUAAUAGACAAGAUCCCUUAAAUCUGCACAUACCAGACUCAAGGUAUCUUACGGCAAAGGAAAAUUCUAACAACAGUACUAACCAUAUCAAUAAUAACGCCACUCCUGUUGACGUGAUGGACAUUUCAUUCGGAAGCAUUGAAAGUUACGAUAAUUACGCCAUGUACAAUGAGAGUUUCACCGGAAGUAGAAAUUCAUUGGAACAACCCUCUCCAUCACUAGAAAACAGUGAGCGAAGUUCAAUCCGCAAUGAGGAUUUUGCUAAGAAGCACAAAACAUACCAAAUACCUAAACCAGAUCUGAACGAAAACUCGUCCAUGGUGGUGCUAGACCAGAAGUUAUACGUGAUUGGAGGAUUGCGCUAUAAUGACGACAAUCCACUUCCCCGAAGAGACGUUUGGGUUUACUGUCCAGAGCGUGGCUGGCGAAAACUGACGUCACUGAGAACUGCCCGGAUGCACCAUGCACUCUGUGUUUUUGAUGGUUUCAUUUACGCCAUCGGUGGUCUUGGAAGGAACGGCAGAAUACUCAAGUCAGUGGAGUGUUACAACCCGUCCACAAACAGUUGGCAUUUUGUCAAGUCUCUGUCUACAGCACGUGCUGGAGCAUGCGCUGCAGAGCUGAAUGGAAACAUAUUCGUAGCUGGAGGCUUUGGAUAUUCCCAAAAUGGAACUGCUACCAUCUUUGAUAGCGUUGAAUGUUACAAUGCAUUCACUGACAAAUGGAUUACCAAGGGUAGUCUAAGAUAUGGUCGAUGUCAUGCCACAAUGACUUGCGUUGAAAAUAGUCUGUACCUAAGUGGAGGACUGGCAUUUGAUAAGAAUUCGUCAGUUGCAUUAAGUGUACAAGAUGUUGACUUGUAUGAUGCAAACAAUGAUUCUUGGAUGUUGCGGACUUACAUGGAUAAAGCGCGCCAUAGCGCUGCGGCUUUUGCUUCAGGUAAUAAAAUGUACUUGAUUGGCGGGCUAGCUACCAAUACAAAGGAAAAUCUGCACGAUGAUAUUGAGUGUUGGGACGUACAGAGGAAUGCAUGGCUGUCUACUUUCAAGCUGCCAAUUGAAGUUCAAUGGAUGAAGGGUCUUGCAUGAUUCUAGAAUUUGGAGCCGUUAAUAAUAUAGCUGAAACUCAUUUAAAAAGAGUAAAAAAUGUUUUAACUCCAAUAUUUUAAUGUUAACUUUAUUUUAUUUAUCAUCUUUAUAAGUAUUUUUUAUUGAUGACCAUUGUUAAAUGUUAAAGGAAAAUAA